AUGGGGAAUUGUUGUAAAUCAAGCACGGGGGCGUCGAAGAGCUCCGUUCAAUCUGACGGUGGAAUUGCAGCAACACAACAACAGCAGCUUGAGAAACAAGGACAAAUAUUAAAACCAAUGAAGGGAUCUCGGCUCGGAUCAGCCAGAAUCCGACGGGGGAAUAUCUUCGAUUUUUAUAGUUUUGAAAGCAAAAUAUUAGGAACUGGUUUUUCUGGCCCGGUCCGCCUGGCUGUGGAUAGAAAGUCCGGCAGGAAGUACGCUGUCAAGCCGUUCAGCAAAACUGGAGCUAAUAAGGACAAAGUGAACAUGUUACGUAAUGAAGCGUCAAUCUAUUUGCGACUCGAUCAUCCAAACAUUGCAAGAUUAGUCGAAAUUUGGGAAGGCGCACACCAAGUGCAUUUAAUCAUGGAAUAUUGCUCUGGUAGGAUUGUUGAUUUUUCUGUUUUUAAGAAGGAAAAUUUCUCGUUUCCGUCAGGUGGUGAACUUUAUGAACGUCUUUGUGCUCGGAAGGUUUAUUCCGAAUCUGCUGCAAGACAUACUGCGAACCAGAUGUUUUCGGCUAUUUGUUACCUUCAUGGACACAAAGUUGUGCAUCGAGAUCUCAAGUUAGAGAAUUGGUUGUACGACACAACAAGUGAAAAUUCGAGUUUAAAAUUGAUUGAUUUCGGAUUUGCCAAGAUUUGGGAUCCUAAGCAACCCAAACGCAUGCAUGCAACUUGCGGUACACUUGCCUAUGUGAGUCCCGAUACCCUUUUGGGCGGUUACACCAGCGCAUGCGAUUUGUGGUCACUGGGAGUCAUUGUUUACACUCUUCUUGUGGGAUAUCCGCCUUUUUAUGGUGCUGAAGAGGAAAUGUUCUCUCGUAUUCUCGAAGCCCAAUAUUCAUUAUCAGGCUCCAGGUGUGUUCGAAUAACUUCACCGAUAGAUGAAUUUUUAUCACUGUUCUGUCCUUGUUAUGUGCAGAUGGGAUCGAGUCAGUCCACUUGCGAAAGAGUUUGUACGUCGAUUGUUGGUGAAGGACGGGAUGAAGCGAAUGACAGCUCAAGAAGCGCUCGAACACGUUACCGUGGGCUUUCUUCUUCUCCUCCUUUGGCUCCUGCUUUAGAUUCUGGAGUGGUCGAAAG